GUUCUUACUUGAAAUAUUUGUUUAAUUCUUUGCUCUGCGAAGAUAAAUACCAUCAUGGCCGAAAUUCGGGACGGUUUAGACUGCCAAAUCAUACGUCCUCAAUGUUUCUGGCUGACAACAGACACAGAUUAAUGCAUUACACGACUCUUUCGAAAAGAUAGUCGCCAGUUACAAUGACCUAAAUCAUGUAUCGGCACGAAAUUCCUAUUUUUCAACCCGAGAACGAUCAUUUCCCCCAGCGCGUAGUUUCGCCAAGGACGAGUGCCGAAGUUUCAAUUAUAAUGAAGUACUCUUAGAGCAUAAAUAAAUUUACAGUUCCAGGCUGCAAAUAACAUUGAAUGCUGGAGCUGCGAAUAUUGAAGCCGGGGUCACGAUUAGCCAUCGAGCCAUGAACGAGGCGAAAGUCAAUGAAGAUGGAACAUGGGUUUCAAUCCGCGGUGGUGCAAAAUGGGGCAGUUUAUCUGUUUGGUAGGUCUUGGGAAUAGCUACGAGAUGGAAGAUUUGCUGACUUCUGGGUUGGAGGAUUGAAAACUGGAGGUACGAGAUAUUAAUUUUAAUCAUUGUCCAUUUUCGCCGAAGAAGGGAACCUAGGAGGCAUCUCUUUUUUCAGCGUAAUAUAAGGCUCAGGUGUGACAACGUCAUAAACUACGAGAUUGUCCUCGCGGAUGGCAAAAUUGUAAACGCUAAUCAAUCUGAUAAUCAUUAUUUCUUGGGGCUCCAAUAAAUUUGGCAUCAUGACACGUUUCGGCAUUCAAAUUUUUCCACAUGAGAAUUCUACGGUGGUUGCACCGUCUUUGAUAUCUCUACACUUGACGAUCAAUUACAAGGAUUUGCAAAUCUCUUUAGAAACUUCGAUCCAUACGCCGCAAUUAUGGUGAGCAUAUCAUGGAACUACUGGGGAAAUGGAUAUUCAAUUUCUAACAACCUAGAGUAUACGGAAAAUGACACAAAUCUGGAGUCAUUGAAGCCAUUUUUGGACACAAACCUCAUUAUAUGAGUACGAUGCGUAUACGAAAUGGCACUGAUUUGGCGACCGAGACUGGAAAAUAUGCUCUGUUUGGCUUGCGGCAAGGUGUUAUCCUCGAGUUCUAGCUGAGCAUGGAGAUUUUAACUACAAGGCAGGAACCAAUUCGCAACUUGUACCAUUGGAGCAGGUCUGAAAAUGCUCAAAAUCGUCCAUUCGAUCUGGAAAUCAAGCAUACCACCAUUUCCACUGUCUACGGAUAAAUUGGGCUGUGACAAUCCGACACUUUCCCAUGCCCACGCUUAGCAAGUCACAAGGAGUGAAUUUUCUUGGACUAUCGACCUCUCCAGUUUCCUUGCCCUAUUUCUCCUGUCUUAGAAUUGGGAAAAUAUUGAGGAUGAUGGGAAAGUAACAGGGUCUGCCAUGAAAUUAAUUUCAAAUGUUGAUGAAACGGCCAA